GGAAGCAAUCGUAAAGCAAUCAUAACAGCUAUUGACGCAACGACAGUAUGACGCCUUAUUGGGGAUUUCUUGCAAGGGCGAAUAUUACUCCUGGUGUGCUCCGAUACUGCCGUGCGCUGCGCUAAUCUCAUGGGUUAAGCUCUUCCGAUACAUGUCAAUCGGAAAAUUUUUAUUGCUAUUCACUAAUUCAAUUAUUGUGAUCGCUCAAUAUACUAUAACUCGCUAUAAAUAUGAUACAACGGCACUUUUUUCAGAUUGAGUCGUGCAGUACCUUCCAUAUCCGAUAGUGACCAGUACCAAGGAGCUUUUGAUACAUACCUUUAACAGUCUGUGCGUGUUCUCAUAAAUAAAGUUUCUUUCUUCUGUCCCGGAAACGGACAUCAUGGAAAGACCCGUAGCCAUCACCGGUCCACAGAGUCCGCAAGCACUAACGUGGACGAUCUCGGUAGCUAAUUUGACCGUGGUGGAUAAGGUGCCCGCUGAGAUGCUGCAUCUGGUUGACACAUAUUGGUAUCAGUUUCCACCGCUGGAAACCAAGUGGCAUGCAGCACUGGCCACCACGAUCGGUGUGCUGGCUUUGAUCUCCAUCGUAGGAAACGGAUGCGUGAUUCUGAUCUUCUCGUCCACCAAAGGUCUCCGAACACCAUCUAACCUGAUGGUGAUUAAUCUGGCCUUUGCCGAUUUCAUGAUGAUGUUCACGAUGGCUCCACCGCUCAUCAUUAAUUCUUACCACGAGACCUGGGUAUUUGGGCCGCUCAUGUGCGAAGUGUACGGUAUGUUCGGUUCACUGUCGGGUUGCGUUUCCAUCUGGAGCAUGACAAUGAUCGCUUUCGAUCGAUACAAUGUGAUCGUGAAGGGCCUGUCCGCCAAACCGCUCACGUACGUUGGAUCGGUGAUGCGAAUUCUCUUCGUAUGGGUCAACUCGCUUAUCUGGACGCUAGCGCCCCUGUUUGGAUGGAAUCGUUACGUACCGGAAGGGAACAUGAGUGCCUGCGGUACGGAUUAUCUCUCGAAGGAUUGGCUAAGUGUAUCCUACAUCUAUGCGUAUUCCGUGUUCGUCUACUGGUUGCCACUUUCACUUAUCAUCUACUGUUAUACCUACAUACUCAAGGCCGUUUCUGCACACGAACGAAACAUGCGAGAACAGGCGAAAAAAAUGAACGUCGCUUCUCUACGCUCAUCCGAUGCAUCGAAACAGAAUGCGGAAAUUAAACUAGCCAAAGUGGCACUCAUUACGAUCACGCUCUGGUUCAUGGCCUGGACACCGUAUCUGGUUAUAAAUUAUGCCGGAAUAUUUGAUACCAGCCCGAUCAGCCCGCUGCAAACAAUCUGGGGAUCGGUAUUCGCCAAAGCUAAUGCCGUUUAUAAUCCGAUAGUUUACGGCAUCAGUCAUCCGAAGUAUCGGGCAGCUCUCUACAAGCGCUUUCCGUCGUUGGCACUUCGGAAGGACAAUUCAUCUGAUCAAACCUCCGUGGCCUCAUGUGCGACUGCUGCCGAUCAAUGUGAAACCUAAACCUAACAGCGAUAUGCUGCAAAUUUGGAAAUGGUAUUAACUAAAUUAUAUUUCCGGAAAUUAAUUAAAAUUCAUUGUGAUAAUGCCAGUAUGUUGGGUUAAUUUGAAAAAUAAACUACACGAAAUAUUCUCGUUCCCCCCAUUUGAUGUGUGUGAAAUUAAUUUUUCGUUUACAGAAAGACAUAGACCGGUCAGUCGAGAAAAGACACAAAAGAGAAAUCAAGACCUCCAGGGUUUCAUUAUUAGCAUAGAAAAGAAGACGUAUCAUAAAGAUUGCGAUCAGUUUGCGAUCAAGUACACCAAAAGCCGUGAAUCAAAUCUCACCUCGACUGGUCCCUCGCAGUAGAACAGAAUAAAGUCUAUAUAAUAAUCAUUACCAGUAGGAUGUUGAACCGAAGAAAGAUGCAUAAAAAGAGGGAAGCAGAGAGAGAGGCAUAGAGAAAUGAACAAAAUUUUAAGUCCAAUAAACUAAGUAAGACCUUCCAUUAUUCUUUAGUAUCUAUUAAACAAGUAUUUUAAAGAGAAUUCUAAAACAUUUAGACCUCAGAGAACGAACAUAUCCAACUAUACGUGUAGGAAGAUAUUUCCCGUACAUUACUCAGGCUAUUAAAACUAAAGCUUAUGUAACUCCAAAUAUGAUAAAUAAAGAAAUGAUUGAGUAUGGACCGAAUUCUUUACUGAGCCCUUCAUUAAAAUCACUGCUUAAACCGCCAACAUGGCUUUAUGUAUAUGUAUUCAAUGAAAUGGUAAUUAGUUGAUAAAUGUAUAGUCUUUCUUAGAAAAAUUAAUCAAGUAAAGUAUUUAAAUGAAUCAUUCUAAAAGCUUUUCUGGAAUGUGAGAACGAUGGUUUGUUCUAACUCAUUCGCGGAAAGUGUAGUGGGACACCGUGUUCUGUGUGUUCUUCAUUUAUCAUUAUUAAUAAUGAGAAGCUCGUGCAUAAAACUCGAUUUACUACAUGAACAUCUACGGCACAAUUAAAUUUCCCGUGGCGCAUUAUCCGCUGGUCAGGGUUCUUUUUUUUUCAACAAGGCGUACCGCGAUACGCGUGCUCUAUGAAGGCUGACAAAAGAAGAAGCACCAAAAUUUGGUAUUAAGAAUUAGCGGGUUUCAAAAU